AUGGUGAAUGAAUAGCUUAAUAUCAUAGAAAUUAAGCAGAAUUUUGUGAGAAAACUAUUAUUGGAUUACUUAUAAAAUUACUUUAAGGGAUUUCAAAAAGAGAAGACUUUAAGUAAGUAUAAAUCCAUUUUGUAAUUUUUAGUUUAACGAGCUUUUAGACAAAAUACAAGAAUCUGCUUUAUGGAUAGAUAUAUGGAUUUGAAAAUUGUUUCGGAGUAGAAAAAGAUAAACUUUACUAGUAAAUAUAUUUACAAUAAAUGA